GAAUGGGUUCGCUUAGCAGGCGGAGAGCAUGAGUGAAGGGAUGGCGAAGACUGUCAUGAGUGGGUUCGAGCGGGCUAGGGUUCCUAUUAACACUGAGUUGGCAAACGAGUUUGCUGUGUUCGAUAGGUGCUUCGCGUUAGUUCCCAUGUCAACUCAACAGAAUCGGUUCGACGCCCACUUGACCACAUCGUUUAGAGCCAUGAGCAAUGUGAGGAAGGAUCUCAUCCAUGGAUUCCCCCCAAAAAAAUCUUUGAUUCCCUCAAAGAAAAUGGCCUAACAUUCGAAAUUUAUUACCAAAACAUUCCGAUGACCCUGUUCUUCUCGU